AUUGGCGACACCCUAUUAAACUCACCGGCAAUUAAUUCGGCGGACAUUUGAAGUGAUUGAAACUGAAUCAGUGAAUGCCAUGAAUCAGCCUUAAAAAUGAGUAAAAGUGGAAGGAAACCGGACAAAUCCCAUGAAGCUCCAAGAGCAUUUAGAUUAUAACCACCAGAUAUUAUGCAUAACAGCGAUCAACUUCAACCGGAGGUCCAUUGUUGGAUACACCGAGUUACAUCUACUGCCUUUGAGAGCUGGAGCAAACCGGAUUAAACUAAACUGCAAACAAUGCAUGGUUUACAGGGUUGUAAUCAAUGACCACUGGGAUGUGACCAAGACCAUCAGCUACAACGACCCAACCCUCUCAAUAUGCCAACAUGAGAUGAAACAACGGAAUCUGGUAUUCUUCUCGAACCGCCACCAGGAGGCAGUAGCGUCUGUUUCAUCAGAUCGUGGAUAUGGAGAGCUCAUCGUUAAGAUCCCCAAGGCAGCCAUGCAUCUAGUCAAUGAUUACAAGACGAUAAGAGUGAGCAUUGAGUUCUCAUUGGAGAAUCCGUCCGGUGGUAUUCACUUUGUGGUACCUGAUGAGGAAGACACGACGGCUGAGAGGGCAGCACACAUGUUCACUUACAGCCAUGAGAACUCAUCUCGUCUUUGGUUUCCCUGCGUGGACUCGUUCUCCGAACCUUGCACGUGGAAACUGGAGUUCACUGUAGACUCUGCCAUGAUGGCCGUAUCCAGCGGUGAACUGAUCGAGACGGUCUACACCCCAGACAUGCUGAAGAAGACAUACCAUUACAUCCUCAAUGUGCCCACGUCUGCGUCAAAUAUUGCCCUCGCCGUUGGGCCAUUUGAGAUUGUAGUGGACCCAACGAUGCAUGAGAUAACACACUUCUGCCUACCCCAACUCAAACCACUACUGGAACAUACAACAGUGUUCUUUCAUGAGGUGAUAGAGUUCUAUGAGGAGACUGUUGGGACUAGCUUCCCUUACACAUGCUACAAGCAGGUCUUUGUUGAUGAGGCGUAUGACGACAGCCAAGCGUAUGCUUCCAUGGCAAUAUUCAGCACCAACCUGCUUCACUCUGCACGCAUCAUUGACCAGACCUUCGAGACGCGACGUCUGCUUGCCGAGGCCCUGGCCAGUCAGUUCUUCGGCUGUUACAUCUGCCCCGAGACGUGGGCCGAUGCUUGGCUGACAAAGGGUAUUACCAGAUACCUGACAGGACUUUGCCUGAGGAAGAUGUUCGGAACCAAUGAGUACCGGUCUCAGAUAUAUUCUGAGCUAAAAGAGCUCUGCAAGUACGAGCAGGAAACAGGAGGCGUGGUCCUCCACCCCUACCCCAUGGAAGAGACAUCAACCGGUACCAAAGCUUCCGCGGAUUCAGGGGGUGAUGGAGCCACGCCCUCUUCCUCCAACACCACCCCGUCCUCGGCCAAGGGCAAGCCACUGGUGUGGGGCGGGAACCUGCACUUCCCCUGUGCUCAACCGCAUACGGUCUCUUGGAGACAUUGGAAGAUGGUCAAGAUGAAGUCCCAUUUCAUCAUGAGGCUCAUUGAGAUUAGGAUUGGACAGGAGCUCCUCCUCAAGGUCUUCAACAAACUUCUGUCCCUUGCGACUUCAGCAUCUCAUCAAAAGUUCAUGAGUUGUGCGUGGAGCAACAUGCUAAUCUCAACAUCAGGGUUCUUGAAGUCGAUCUCAACGGUAUCAGGCAAGGACCUGAAGCUGUUCAUCAAUCGAUGGGUGUGUCAGGGUGGGAUGGCACAGUUCAGAGGUAACUUCCAUUUCAACAGGAAAAGAAACAUCGUAGAGCUAGAACUUAGACAGGAUCCAUGUAGGCCGGGAAUCAUCAAAUAUGUGGGUCCUUUAAAGGUCACCAUCCAAGAGCUUGAUGGAUCGUUUGACCAUACGCUUCAGGUUGAGGACAACCUAACCAAGGGAGAGAUCACCUGCCAUUCAAAAAGCAGAAGGCACAAAAAGAAGAAGAUUCCAUUGAAGAAUGGUGAAGAGAUAGAUAUGGACCUCAGUAAGAUGGAUCCCGAUUCUCCAGUUCUAUGGAUCCGGAUCGACACUGAGAUGACCCUUCUGAGGGAGGUCAUCUUCGACCAGCCCGACUACCAGUGGCAGUGUCAGCUGAGAUAUGAGAGAGAUAUCGUAGCACAACUGGAGGCUGUAGAUUAUCUAAAGAAGUUUGCCAGCUUGGAUACUAAUAGUGCAUUGAGUGAUAUCAUACUCCAGUCUGGGUGUUACUACAAGGUCAGAAUACAGGCGGCUUUCUGCUAUGCACAGGUAUCCAACGAGCUUGCUGAAACAUUCAGUGGUCACACCGCCCUCAUCGCCAUGUUCAAGAAACUCUUCAGUUCUUUCUCUUCAGAGGACAUCGUCAGGCGGAACAACUUCAUGGACUUUAGGACCUACCUCAUCCAGAAGGCCAUACCGAAAGCCAUCGGUCUGAUACGGAACAUCCAUACCAUGUGUCCGAGAGAAAGCUUAGCGUUCUUGGUUGAUCUCAUCAAGUAUAAUGACAAUGCCAAAAAUAAGUUCUCUGACUGUUACUACCGAGCUGGUCUGAUUGACGCUCUGUCUAAUACCAUCACUCCUGCCGUGGCCAUGGUCAAUACCAGUGUAGAAAACCUCUCCCCUGAAACAAAGAUGGUUUUGGAGGAGGUAACCCGAUGUUUGAACCUUGAGAAGCUCUUGCCUUGCUACCAGCACACCGUCACAAUCAGCUGCCUCAGGAACAUCCGUCUUCUGCAGAAGAACAGCCACCUACCCAGUGAACCAACGCUCUUCCAGACCUACGCUCAGUAUGGCCAUUUUACCAAGGUCCGAUUGGCUGCACUAGAAGCUCUGGUGGACUAUGUCAAAGUUGAAGCCAGUGCUGACAUCUUUUCUUGGUUGCUAGACAUCGUAGAACAAGAUCCUGUGCCAGUUAUCAAGCACAAGUUGCUGCGGAUGCUCAUAGCCAACCCACCAUUCAAGUACAAGGAACAAUCCAAGCUCAGCACAGAAGAACUGAUAGAAAGACUCUGGGCUUAUAUGAACUCUGGUACAUCUCAUGAUGCCAGGCUUCGUUGUGACGUGGUGGAUUUCUUCUACUGCCUCUACGGGAAGACCAGACCCGCUUGUCUACCAUUGCCUGAGCUUGGUUUUGUGGUGAAUCUCAAGGAGAGAACAACGGCGGUAAAUCCAGCCAUCAUGCCUGACGAAGCCGAUGAAGAAAACUUUGAUGACGAUGACGAUAUGGAUAGUGACAAUCAAGGGGACUCCUUCGUUGAGAUAGAAGGCAUGAGUGAUCCGUUGGGCGCGGACCGAAGCUUAUCUCCAGACAUGCUAUCUCCCAGGAUACUUAAAAGAGAGUCUUCAUCUCCGAUCCACGUGGAUGUCGAAGGCGAAGAUGAUUUUGCCUCCUUGAUAAAGAGGGAGAGACGAGGUAGCGAGGAAGGUGAAUUUGACCCUUCACCCCUCGAUCCUGUUAAGGUCAAGGGUGAGAUCAAAGAAGAGGAAUCUCCACUGUCACCCUUAGAACCUGGUGAGGUGGAUGACAGUUCCAGAGACAGCUUCUCUGGCGUUGCCAAGGAUACGUCCAUUCCCGGUUCCCCAUCCUCCUCCUCCCAUGCAAGCCUGCAGAGAGAUGACUCUCGCUCCUCAUUAUUCAGCGAUCCGGGCAAGAUGUCUUCUCAUCAGCAUCAUAAGAAGAAGAAAAACAAGCACAAGCACCGGCAUAAACACCGGCAUGAGAAACCUGAGAGAGAAUUACAGCGAUCCACCACUCUGUGAUUUUGAGCUCAUCCCUACUCUAGAGAGGACAGCUUAGUUACACAUGGAUGAAAGACUUAGAGCAAUUCAUCAGCGAGAUUUUGAGCUGAUCUCCAUCAUCGAGCAUUGAGGGGACAAUAGGCGUACAGCAAUUCAUCAACUUGUGAUUUUGAGCUGACCUGUAUUGUAGUUGAGAAUGUCACACAUGGACUGUACAUGUAGAUUUACUGCAAUCCAAAUUGUUCAAGCAUAUCCCUAUCAUAGAGAGGACAGAUCACACAUGGACUGUGGACUUACAGCAAUCCAUCAACUUGUGAUUUUGAGUUUAUCCCUACCAUAAAGAGGACACCCAGAUCACACAUGGACUGUUGACUUACCGUAAUCCAUCAACUUGUGAUUUUGAGCUGAUCCAUAUCGUAGUUUGGAAGAUCACAGAGGGACUAAAGAAUUACAGCGAUUCAUUAACUUGUGAUUUUAAGCUCAUCCCUACCAGAGAUGGGCCAGCUCACAGGGACGAAAGACUUUCAGCAUUCUUUUAGCAAUCAAUGGCUUGUCAUUUGCAGACCUGCCAACCAGUACGUUUUUGGCGUAUUUAGUACUUUUUUGCAACCAAAUUAUAUGGCAGUACGUUUUUUUUGUUUUUUUUUACAAAAUCGUAAUUCAUUGAGAAAAAUCAUCUCUAUAUGUCUCUAUUUCAUAAAACUUACACAAAUACAUGUAUGGUUAUUAGAUCAAUGUAAUUUCAGGUAACUUAUUUUUUUCAAUCAUUUUGUUAAAACCAGGGUGAGAUAUACACAUGUUUCAAUGUUUUUUUUCAUCUGCAAGAGCAGUGCGCAUUUUAGCUUGCAUGCAGCUUGAGCGUCGCGAUGAGCGAGUGCGCCAUGCAUUUUAUUAUGAAAUACACUUUUUGGGGGGAAAAUUUUUAAUCACAGAAUACAAUUUUUCAUUCCCAGAGGUUGGCAGGUAUGCAUUUGAGCUUAUCUCUAUCAUAGAGGGGACAGCUUCCAGCAAUCCACCAAUUUGAGCUGAUCCCUAGUAUAGAGGGAGAGCUCACACAGGAACAAAGACUAAACAGCAAUCCAUCAACUUGCAAUUUUGAGCUUAUUCCUACCAUAGAGCGGAUAGCUCACACAGGGACGAUAGAGCAAUCCAUCAAUUUGAGAUUUUAAGCUGUUCCCCAUCAUAGCUCACACAUAUGGACUGUAGACUUUAAUACCGCAACUCUUCAUCUAGUGAGUUUGAGCUUAUCCCUAUCAUAGAGAGGACAGCUCACACAUAUGGACUGUAGACUUUAAUACCGCAACUCUUCAUCUAGUGAGUUUUAGCUUAUCCCUAUCAUAGAGGGGACAGUGCACACAGGGACUAAUGAAUUACAGCAAUCGACUACAUUGUUAUUUUGAACAUAUCCCUAUCAUAGAUAGGACAGCGCAGACAAGGGCAUAUGACAUGCUGCAAGAGUGGUGAUUGAUCCAAUCGAUCACAACUAUGAAAAGCCAGUGACCCCAACAUCUAUAAUGCAUCAUACUUUCAAAGUGUACUCUGAAUAUGUCGUGCAUGUAUCAAUAUCCUGACAAACCAGUUUGCUGUGGUUUGUUUACAAAGGGACUAUGUCUACUUAUUGGCCCGUAUUAAACUCAGGUUUAAAGUUGUGGUUUAAGUAUGGAUAGCCAAUUGUUCCAUAAAUCAUUAACAGUAGAAAUAUCAUAUUUCAGCUCAUUUGGCUCUCAAAUCAUUCAGAAUAAUAGGAAGUAUAAAUAUAUGAUUGUCUUCACCAUUGAAGAAUAAGGAAAGAGCACAGAAAUUAUAAGAAAUAUACAACUUAAUAAAAAUGUUGACACUUUUGGCUUCCCAUAAUUCUAGUACAGAGUUGGACCAUGGUCUAAGUUAAACCUGACUACAGAAUACGGGCCAUUGAGCGGAAGUGCCGUGGUGUAGCGGUUCUGACUCUCGCCUUGUAAUCAGAGGGUCGUGUGUUCGAAUCGCAACAUGGCUUGGCGUCCUUUGGCGGGGCAUCAAUCCACACUUUGCUACUCCCACCCAGGUGGGAAACCGUCAUUGUGGUUGGUUUAGCAAGUGGGCGCCUAACAGGCUUCUAAAAGCUACAUGUACAUGUACCUGUAUGAAUCCAGUGACCUGAUAGUAAUAAUUGUGAAGUGUUUUGAGCAUUCCUAGAUUAUUAUUAUUAUUCUAUUUGAAGAAAUAUGACAUACAGGUACAUGGAUUUCCAUGUUUGAGAAUGAUCAGAUUAAUCACAUCUCUUUGUGAGAGAAAGCCCUGCUUUACCAUCCCAUUGCAUUGAUAUUAUCAAAGAAAAGAUGAAUUAAUAAUCAUAAGACAUGCUGACAUGAUUCUUGGCAAUACUUUGGGCAGUAGAGGGGUUAUUGUUGUACCCUUCCUUUGAAUGAAACUGUUUUUAUGAUCAGUAUCAAUGUUCCCACGAGAAUGCAGGCAAGAGCACAUUAACGAGAUGUUUUCCUACAACUGUCAUCACCAUCAUCGUCAUCAGCAUAAUAAUAAUAAUAAUAGGCAUUUAUAUAGCGCCAUCUAUGUAGAAAUGUUCUAUUCCGAGGCGCGUUCUUAUUAUCAUAUCAUUAGCAUCAUCAUGAGCAUCAUUAUCACCAUCAUGACCAUCUUCAUCGUCACCAUCAUUGUAAAUGAGACCUUUACUACAAUAAUCAGUCAUCACUAAUUCAGACAAUUUCCACACCUUUUCUCUCACUGCAUGGAACCAGGACCCCAUCUUACAAAGAGUUACAAUUGAUCCGAUCAAUCACGACUAUGGAAAGCCAGCAAAGUCAACAUAUAAAAUGCAUGUUUGUUCAAUAAAAAUUCUAGUUAUGAAUGUAUAUCCAUAAAUUCAUUGACUUCUUGACAAUUUGGUGUGUUCUCCUUUGUUUACAAAAGACAUUUUGAAAAUUUCCUGUAGAAAAAAUUAUGACACUGUUGGAUUUCCAUAGAGUUACGAUUGAUCCAAUCAAUCGUAACUCUUUGUAAGACUGGGCCCAGUUCUCUUCCAGUUAGCAUUAUUUGUUAUCUUUUCAUCAAUACACCACUUUACUUCUGUACUUUUUCUGGGCCCUGUGUCAUAAAAGAUGUGAUUUAUUUUAUCAAUCAUUCAAUUAACCCUAUCAAUCAGGUCUGGAAAGCAAGCAGUGACUCAACCCUAAUGGCCCGUAUUCUCAAAAGAGGUUUUAAUUGUACCAUGGUACAAAACCACAGACUAUGCAGAUUUAUUUCAUUAACAUACUUAAUUUUACGCGCACUUUGCCCAAAGCGCACAUUCAAUUGGAUUUAGCUUUGUGUACGCGAUGAAAUAAGCGUAAUUAUGUUUACAAAUCUGCAUAGUUCAUGGUUUUGUACCAUGGAUUCAGCCCCCAUUGACAUUUCUCAGGGUAAAUCUGCCGCCAAAUUUUUUGACCGUGUCACUCUCUGGCUUACAAGUUUCGCGCAACUUUUGAGACCAAAAUUUGGACCCCCGGGUACGCGGUUCCAAAAUUAUACAAAAUUGCACAAAACAUGAAUUUGUGUAUGAAUCCAAUGCAAAAAGUGUUUUUAGCCCAAAAAUUUAUAAAUGUCUCCUUAUUUUUCCUUUUACUGGUUGAAAUCAAUUAAUUUCAUCUUGUUUAUGGUCAAAAUAAAUUCCCGACAAUUUUCAUCGGAAAAGUUGAAAAACAAAGAAAUUUAGAAAACAAUAAAAUACAUAAGAAAAUAAAUGUGAUGUUGAAAUUUGUUUAAAGUACAUGUAGGUGAAUGCACUUAUCUGUUUGUACACAAAAAGGAUCACACAGAGGAACCAAAAUGAUAACAAUUUGUCAUAUUUAGAGGAUAAGAUUUCAAAGUGCAUACCAGACGGUGGUGUUGGAGGCUUUCCAUAGAUUAAGAUUAAUUUGAUCAAUCACAACUUUGUGAAAUGGGGCCUUGGCAUUUCUUCUUGCUCCCAUUCUCAACGUGAAAAUAAGAUGGAAUAAUGGAGUAAUGUCUGCAGUAAUUACAUGAAUAGUCUCUUGGAUAUUUAUUUAUUCGAAAAUAACCAUCAUAUGUACCACCAGGCACCGGCAAAAUAUGAAAAUCACAUUUAAAAAAACAAUCACAUAGAUAUCAUCAUUAAAUAUAAUGUACACAGAGAAAGAAAUGAUCAGUAGUACGUAGUCAAUAUCAUUGGUAUGUGUAAUUAAGUACAAAUAUACUAAAUGAAGUACUUUAUAAUUGUGUCAAUUUUUGGUCAUCAUAGAAAAAACAAUGGAAGUCAGUGUUUGAAAGGCAAAUAAAACACACAAAAAUCAUGA